CAAAAGAAAUCCCCCGGAAUUACUAUUAUCGUUGUAAUAUACGCAAUCGGUUAAGAGGAAUGGUUUAGUAGCAAAGAAAAGAUUUAGUCACGCUAAAUUUGAAUUCUACUGAGUGUGAUAAAAAAAAAUAUCAAAUAUUCCCGUCAGGGACCAUAAAGAAUUGUCUGUAUUCUUCCGUGAGGAGCCGUGAAGUGCGUGUUUAACGAAUAAGUCACCUUCUAUGAAUCGAGUUUGACGUUAGAAAGAGAAAGAAACAACGACCAUGAAUCAUAUUUAUUUGGAAGCUCUGAUAAAAAAUCGAGUGUUUCUCGUACGCAAUAUCGAAUAUUCGACUUUGAGAGAUUUUCUCAUACAGGAGAACGUGUUCCCGAUGAGUCAAAUUGAAGUAGUUGAUUCCAAACUUCACAGAACUGCCCAGAUUAGGGAAUUAAUUGAUAUACUUCCUCGUCGCUCUGACAAACAAUUCGUACUAUUCUUACAGUGUCUCUCUUACUCCGAACAGAAACACAUCGCCGAUAAUAUAGCGAAAUGUGUCUACAAACUUAUAGAAGCAAAUAAACCCAAAUUGAGUAUAAAUGAAUAUAAACGUAUUAAUGAAAGUAUAUCUAAUUUGACACUGACAGAAGCUCCGAGUUAUCCAACUGAAAACGUUGAUGAGAACCAUUAUGAAAUCGCUUUUUCGCCCCAAGAGGAAACUCAGUCUGAGAGCAGUUUCCUAUUCGAAGAGAACGAACCCAGUUAUGAAAAUGGCGAGGACAGUAAUCCAACGGUCAGUUAUUUGUCGUAUUAUAAAAUGUCAUCGGAACCAAAGGGUUUGUUUUUCAUCAUAAACAACGAUACGUUCAAAGAUUGCUCUUUAAACCGCAAUGGAUCUAAAAAAGAUGUGAGUGAUUUGAUGACUUUAUUCUCGGAUUUAAAUUUCGUUCGCGACAAAAAAGAAAAUCUAAAUGCUAUGGAUAUGAAACUUGCUUUAUGGGGAUUUUCCCAGAUGACAUUAUUAGGAAAAGCUGAUUGUUGCGUUGUUGUUCUCCUCACACAUGGCAAAAACAUAAAUCAACUUUUAGGAGUUGACGGAAAUGUCGUUCAUCUAGACGACCUACUUGCUUACUUCAAUUCCGAAAACUGUCCUGCUUUGGUUGGCAAACCUAAGUUAUUCAUUAUACAGGCAUGUCGAGAUGAUAUUAAAACGCAAUCUUAUCACCAAGCUGCUAUUCGCUCCGAUGUAGUCAUCGCUUAUUCAACAUCACCAGGACAUGUUUCCCAUCGGGACCCUCAAGAAGGCUCUGUAUUCAUCCAAGAAAUUGUCAGUGUGUUCAGUGAGUGUUCUAAGCACAUGUCUAUUACAGAUAUGUUGAUAAAAGUUAGAGGAAAUAUAAAACAGAAAUAUCCCAAUGUAUCGCAAUACCCAAUAACCGAGUUUGCCUUAGAAAAGAGUUGGUAUUUGAACCCGACUCUCCAUUGAGGUAUCCCGUACCCGUAGUACACAGGUGAGACCUUCGACUGCUCCAGUCACCAUUCUCGCAAGUCAUAUAUAUAUAUAUAUAUAUAUAUAUGUGUGGUUGUAAAAUUGAUGAACUGAAUACAAUUUUUUUUUCUUGGAUAAUCUAUGAAUACCCAUAUUUGUACAACACAAGUGCGCAAAAGUUUUUGGAAAAUUCCAAAA